CAUGAGCUCGCUCAUGCUCAUUUCAAUUCAAAAAUUUCCUUUUGUGGUGCAACAAGACUUACAAUUAGUUUUGUGCGUGUUCUCAGUGAUCGCGGGUUUUAUUCUGGUUUCUUCUCGUUGUUCUGAGUAAAACUUUCAUCCCAGUGCCUUGGACUGUACUUUCAGUGUAUGUUUUUAUUUGUUUCGUUUCCCAAAACAGCUGACCGAGUUGGCGAAAGCUUUCGACUGUGAUAAACCAUGCACCCAAGGGAACCUGAUCAAUAACUUGUGAUAAAGCCGCAGUGCCAAAUAAUUAUUUUUAAGCGUAAAGAUGGACCCCAAGUACUUCGAUAUAGAGAGGGAGCAGAACCCAAGAGAGAAGGCUAACAUCUUCUCACAAUUCUCAUUUUGGUACACUCGCCCAAUAUUCGUGAAAGGCAGAAAAGGACAACUGAGCAUAUCAGAUGUAUACAGAUGUUCCCCAGAACACAGAGCGGCCCCCCGAGGGGACGUCAUGGGGCAGAAAUGGAAGGAAGAAUUACAAAAGCAAGGCAAAGGCAAGAAACCCUCGUUAAUCCGAACCAUACUGCGGAUCCAUGGGCUCCGAUUUAUCAUAGGAAACCUUAUUUUGGCGGUAUUCGAAACUAGUUUUAAGUUAAUCAUACCAAUGUGCCUUGAAGGCUUGAUAAACUACUUCUCACCGUCCGCGCCUGCUGUGAGCAAAACACACGCGUAUUUAUACGCUUUGGGGGUAGUCGGUCUAAUGGCCAUAAACGCCACUCUUUUACAUCCAUGGCUAUUGUGGCUCUUAGAAAUGGCGAUAAAGAUACGGGUCGGGUGCUGCUCAUUGAUUUAUAGAAAGUUACUUCGCCUCGAUUUAACCACCGGUGGUAAAGCAUCCGAAGGCUUAGCGGGCCACGUGGUCAAUUUACUAACCACCGACGCUCAGAGGUUCGAUAUGGCCGCCCUAUUCAUGAUGGACCUCGUCAGGUCGCCUCUGGAGAGCGUGAUCAUCAUAUACUUGAUGUACAGACAGAUUGGAGUCGCUGCUUUCAUAGGAGUUGCGUUUCUACUGAUGUUCAUCCCUUUCCAAGGCUAUCUAGGCAAGAUCUCAAGCAGGCUCCGUAGAAAAACGGCCGUCCGGACCGACAACCGGAUCAGGAUGAUGGGCGAAGUGAUUCAGAGCAUCGAAGCCAUCAAGAUGUACGCGUGGGAGAACGCAUUCGCUAGGAUCAUUGGAUUUGCUAGAAAGAAAGAAAUGAACAUAAUCAAAAAGAUGUCAUGGCUGCGGGCGGUCAUGAUAUCGUGCGUCAAAUUAAACACAAAAGUGGCAAUUUUCCUCAGCGUCAUAUCCUUCAUCUCAUUCAAGAACGAACUGACAGCUGCCAAAGUAUACGUCAUAUUUUGCUACUACGAAAUGCUGAGGUUCAACUUGGUAGACUUUCUGCCGCUUGCAAUAACGUUCACUUUGGAAGCGUACGUCAGUGUUAAGAGAAUGCAAGAGUUUUUGUUGCUCCCUGAGGUCAAUAACCAAGAUGGCGUGGAUCUGGUGACGAUUGAUGACGUCAAAGUUCCGACUACUAAUGGAGUGUUCGAGAAGUUUAUUGGGAAUGGCCAACAGGCAUACAUUAAGUCGGAAAACAACCUUCAGCAACUGAAACCUCAAGACCUGAUAACGAUGAUCAACUACACAGCGCACUGGAAGAAUGUCGACGACGAAUCGUUGGAUGGGAAAGUGGCUGCUCUAUCUGAUAUAAACUUAACGAUAAAACCAGAAACCCUAACAGUAGUGGUGGGCACAGUGGGCUCCGGUAAGUCCACGCUAUUGCAAGCAAUGCUGCGGGAACUGACGCCCACUAGUGGGCAGCUGACUGUGAACGGAAUUAUAGCGUAUGCUGCGCAGGACCCGUGGCUGUUUGAAGCUUCGGUGCGUCAAAACAUCCUGUUCGGGCAAGAUAUGAACAUGCAGAGGUACAAGCAAGUUAUCAAGUGCUGCCAACUUAAGAGUGACUUGGAGAUACUACCGCACGGGGACAAAACUGUGGUCGGCGAGAGAGGCGCAUCGCUCUCUGGCGGCCAAAGGGCGAGGAUAUCGCUCGCGAGGUGUGUGUACCAACACGCGGACGUAUACUUGUUGGACGAUCCGUUAGCUGCGGUCGAUGCGAAGGUAGCACAAGCGAUAUACGAGGAUUGCAUCCGUGGCUUCCUCCGGGACAAAGCCACUGUCCUGGUGACGCACCACGUGCAUUACGCCAGACACGCGGCCACCGUCGCCGCCAUGAGGAAUGGGAAGAUCGUAGCGCAAGGCACGUACCACGAGCUCCAAAACGGCGUUCCAGAGUUCGAGAAACUUCUAGAAGUGUCCGAGAAGAUUGAAGAAGAAAAACAGAAGAAGAACGCUGUCAACUACGAGAAUCAGGAGAGCGUGGAACACAAUUACAAGAUCCGUUCACAAAGAUCGAUGUCAGAAGCUUCACAGCUUUCCUUCAACCUGGACUUGGACAACAACUUGAGCCCCAAAUAUGAAGGUGAAAACCAGAACAAAGGCUCAGUAAGCAAGAGCGUAUACAUGGCUUACAUAAAGAGCGGCGGUUCCGUGGGCUCCAUGGCGUCUCUGCUGAUACUCUUUAUAUUGGCUCAAGUCUUCUACUCCGCCACAGACAUAUGGCUGAAGGAAUGGGUAAAUCUAGAAGAAUCUAACACAGCUGAAAUCAAGAAACAGAACUCCACAAUUGAUGGGGCACCGCCGGUGUCAUAUGUGGACUUAUCCCUGAAUCACUUCCACCUAACCCGUGAGCAAUGCGUAUACGUAUACGCCAGCCUGAUUCUCAUAUGUAUAUUCUUCACGUGGAACAAACUAGUUGUGUUCUACAACACAUGUAUUAAAGCGUCUAUUACACUUCACGAUACGAUGUUCAGAGGCGUGACCAGCGCUCCAAUGUGGUUCUUCCACCACAAUCCUUCUGGGCGUAUCCUCAACAGAUUCUCCAAAGAUAUGGGGCAAGUGGACACCUUGCUGCCUGUCGCUUUGGUCGACACUCUUGGGUUCCUCUUCGAAGUGGUAUCCAUACUGGUGGUGGUAUGCCUGGUCAACUGGUGGCUGCUGGCCCCUACAGCAGUCCUGCUGAUCAUGCUGGUAGUACUGAGGAGUCUGUUCUUGAGUACUAGUCGGGAACUGAAGAGAAUAGAGGCUAUUGCUCGCAGCCAGUCGCUUAACCACGCAGCCGCCACUGUCAACGGCCUAACAACGAUCCGGUCGACGCGGGAGCAACAACGCACUCUGGCGAGGGAAUUUGACAAACUGCAGGAUCUACACUCGUCAUCCUGGGCCUUGGUGUUGAGUACGGCCAGGGCAUUCGGCUGGUGGAUGGACAUGCUCUGCUGUCUGUUCCUCGCUGCGGUCACGUUUAGCUUCUUCCUACUGGUUUCGCGAGACACAACUGGAGGCAACGUCGGCUUAGCCAUCACCCAAGUGAUAGGCUUGGUCGGGAUGUGUCAGUACGGCAUUCGACAGACGGCUGAGGUGGAGAAUCAGAUGACUUCUGUUGAAAGAAUUUUAGAAUACAAGAACCUACCCCCAGAAACUCCAGUGGAGCCGAACGAAAAGGCUCUGAAGAUGAACCACCCGGAUAUGGAUCUCUCAAAAUGGCCGUCCAAAGGUGAAAUAGUCUUCGAAAACGUAUCAUUAGAAUACGAGAAACCUCCAAAGAAGGAAAGCAAAGACAAGGAUCCAGACCCCAUACAAGAAGAACCAAUAUACGCCAUUAAAGGCGUGCACUUCACCGUCAAACCGGCUGAGAAGGUGGCCGUGGUGGGAAGGACUGGCGCUGGGAAGAGCUCGCUUAUUAAUGCUUUGUUCAGGUUAAGCCACGUGACCGGCUCAGUCAAGGUGGACGGCGUGACGGCCGACGAGGCAGGGCUGCGAACCUGGCGGUCCCGACUGUGCGCGCUGCCACAACGGCCGGCCCUGUUCGCGGCCCCCCUGAGGGAUAAUUUGGACCCCGAGCAGAGGCACAGCGACGCCGAGAUUCAUAGAGCACUCGCGCAGGUGGAACUUCAAGAAAUGGUGACCAACAUGCCAGCCGGUCUCAGCACCAAAGUCGGCGAUGGUGGUGGAAACCUCUCCUCCGGCCAGAGACAGCUGAUUUGCCUCGCUAGGGCCGCGCUGACCGGAUGCACUGUCUUGGUGCUUGAUGAAGCUACUGCCAAUGUGGACACUGAGACAGACAAGCACAUCCAGGCGACGAUCCGCACCAAAUUCGCCGACUCCACCGUGCUGACCAUCGCUCACCGGCUUAACACUGUCAUGGACUACGAUAGAGUCAUCGUCAUGGACAAGGGCCGCGUGGUGGAAUCAGGACAUCCCUUCGAACUCCUCACGCAGUCCAACGUCCAGGCCAAACCAGACGCGGUGCCGCUUAGGAGGUCUCUGCUAUCCAAGAGCUCGGCACCCCUAGCCAUUCCCGAAAACUUCGCGUACGACCCCGAACCGAGACUCGAAGAUCAGAACGAGACGGUGCUAUUGUCGAGGGAAAGAGUGCGAACGUAUUCUAACAGGUCGGAAUCGAACGACCAAGAAUGCACGGGCAUAUUCAAGGCACUGGUGGAGCAAACUGGUCGCGAGACAGCCGCCAUGCUUUACCAAAUGGCUGAAGAAAGCUACAACAAUAUGUUGAAGAAGAAAAAUGCUUAGAAAUCUACAUCCUAUUCGACAUUCCAUCUACCAGUGAUUCUGGUAUUUAUUAUACAAAUCAGUAUUACCAUAUACUUAAAUGUUAUGUAUCACGAAUUUAAUUUUGUGCGAAUGAUUAUUUUUUGCUGUGUUGCAAUUGAUUUUUUUUAAUAUCAAUCAUUUAUUUACAAUCACAAGUUUUCAAUAUUUAUGUAUAGUCUGGUCUGCGAGCACGUAGAAUUUUGUCCAAUGACCCCAAGCUACCCAUCCUUAUCGCUCGCGCGUAAUUAUGUUGCUAUCGCGCUCGCACACUCACUGCGGGCGCCCGUCGCACAGUCGCGACAGCAAUAUAAUUACGCGCGAGCGAUAAGGAUGGGUAGCUUGGGGUCAUUGGACAAAAUUCUACGUGCUCGCAGACCGGGCUUUAGACAAACUUAAAGAGGUGACAUUAGAUUUCGCUAUGAAUGUACUUUUGACGUAUAAAUCGAAAGAUAGCGUCAUCUACAUUUUUGCGUUUGCCAUCAACGCAGCGAAAGAAGCGCUUCAUAGCGAACAUUGUUUAUAAAUCUGUAUACCAGGCCCAGUGAUAGGAAUAAAAAAGUUAUUAUAGGUCUAGCUAGUGCAUAACGCCCGUAUUCACAAACGAUGCUUGCUUAAGUGAAGCAGCAAAUCGAACGCACAGCGUUGAAUAGAGCUCUGUAACUGGUUCAUGUGUCACCCUGUGCGUCCACGCGCACUGUGAGACCUCAUAGUAAUGUUUGUGAAUACGGGCGUUAGUCAGUUAGUGCCUGAGGUAUGGCAGCGGCAGGGGAGGGUGUUUUUAUAACGUCAAACGUCAGCAAGACUUCAAAUCUUCAUUCUUUAAGGUCUGUCACGUCAUAAUAUGUCCUGUGCCGCUCCCAUACCUCAGGCACUGACUUAGUUAAGCGCUGCGUUAGAUCUAUAAUAUAGACACAAUGAGGGCUAUCGUUUUAGCGCUCACCAGUUAGCGCCACUGUAGAGUAAGGUCCUGUCACUUGCUAAUAGCGAAGACAGUGGCACCAACUGGUGAGCGCUAAAGUGGUAGGAGGACUAUCGCAUUUGCACUCAUCAAGAUGGCGCCACUGUAGAGUAAGGUCCUGUCAAUCGCCAGGGGUGCCAACUGUUAAGUAUAAAAACGAUAGCCCUCAUUUUAAACUAUUAUUAUAGGAAUAACGCGAUCUAUUUCCAAACUACACUUAAUAAGAAAAACCACUAAAAAUGAGAUACUUUUGAGAGCCUUUUCGUUCCUAUCGUUACUCGAAUUAUAAUAGAGAAUGUUAUUUUAUAUUUAAUUAGCUACUUAAAUUUGGUACUUACAACUGUCAAUUUUGUACUUAUGAUAAAUACUUAACAUCACAUAUUUAUAGAUCUAUACAUACAGGGUUUGUAUGAAAUCUUGUAUUUCAAAUGUUUUCUGGACAAAUUAUUACUGCCGAAUUAAGAAAAAAAUAUACAAGUGCAAUUGUUUUUAAAUACAGGGUGUUAGGUAAAUGGGUAUAUGAGCCGACACUAGCCCAAUGUUAACAUGGGCAUAUAAAUGGUAUGGUGAAGUCAGAAAAUUGAUAUCUUCAUUUUAGUUAUUUUAAUUUUCAUACAAAUCGGAUUUUAUAAAUAUUAUUUUGUACCCUGUAUAAUUUUAAUAUGUACAGUCAGCGUCAAAUAUUUCGUGACACCCAAAGUGGCCAAAAAGUUGACAACAAGACGUGUUCGAACUUUUUGGCUACUUUGGGUGUCACAAACUAUUUGACACUGAAUGUACUCCAGGUGACUUACAUAUUAUACACAAAAAAAUUGUAAUUCAAUUUACAAUUAAAAUUAAGACUUCGUCUCAUUCGAUACUUAACGUCGGUAGCAAGUACACACGGCCAUACUGUUAACUAUCCAUAUCCGUUUUUGCUCUCGCUCUCAUCAAAUGGUGAUUCUUUGCGAUAGAACGAGACGACAUGACAGGCAAUGCAUAGUUAACACUGUUGCCGAUGGUACAUACCAAAAUUUUCUCGAAUUUUGAACUUUGUGUCUUUAAGAUUAGGCUCCAAAUUAGAUGGAUAAAAUCCAACAUUGACUUGCUACCACUUUACAAUACAAUUAUUCAGACAAAUAAAACCUGACUGAAUUUUAUACGUAGCAAAAAAGUGAUUUUUAUACGUAGCUUCUAUAACUGUGCCUUUAUUGUUCAUACAAGUCAGUCAGUCAGUAUAAUUAUCUUGGUAAAUGUCAAGGCAAACCAACUUUCCUAGUAAAUAACUGUCCGAAAAUACAAUUUUAGAAUGUAAAGACAAAAAUACUGACUAAUUAAAUGUACACAAAAUGCAUAUAGAUCGUUUCAUCCACGAAGACGCGCCCUACCACUUUUUGGUCUCGGUCGCGCGGGGUGCGGGGAGUUUGAUCCGAGCAAUCCGAGCGUCAUUAUUGUAGUGUGCGUGUGCACUCAUGGAUGAUUUAGCGUGUACCGAUAACACUCAAACAUUAGCGGAAGAAUGGUGGGACGCGUCUUCGUGGAUGAAACGAUCUAUACCAUGGUGCUUAGAUGGUACUUAAUGCCUUAUUUACUUAAAUGUCUUGUAGCUGUGCAAUAUACCUACAUUUGAAAGACUUGUCUAGCUUGUUAAUAAUUAAUAUCAAUUAAUUGUCAAUUCGUAUCUAAUUAUAUGCAUGGUGCAUUUUGAAUGGGUGCUUCCAUUUUUUAGCUAUGUAUAAGUUAUGUGCAGUCAACAUCAAAUACCUAGUUCGUGACACCCAUAGUAGCCAAAAAGUGCGCAACACGUCUUUGUUACAAUGAGGGCUAUCGUUUUAGCGCUCACCAAUUAGCGCCACUGUAGAGUAAGGUCCUGUCACUUGCUAGUAGCGAAGACAGUGGCACCAACUGGUGAGCGCUAAAGUGGUAGGAGGACUAUCGCAUUUGCACUCAUCAAGAUGGCGCCACUGUAGAGUAAGGUCCUGUCAAUCGCCAGGGGUGCCAACUGUUAAGUAUAAAAACGAUAGCUCUCAUUGGACUAAGGUUGUGUUGUCAACUAUUUGGCCACUUUGGGUGUCACCAACUAUUUGGCGCUGACUGUACUAUGAUGUGAUAAAUUAAUACUUGCACGUUUUGUUCAGUUACUAAUUCGCACGUAACGCUAUUAGUGAAUAAAUAAUUAAAUCGUUUGUAUACCAUAUUUCGGAUAUUGUCGCCAUUGUAUAGAAGUACUUAACGAUAAUUUUAAAAUUGGUGCUUGAUAAAAAAUGUGCACAAAAACUGGCAUUUAACUAUUGUUUAUAUUGAAAAAUGAGCUAAGAUUUUUGUCAAUUACAUAUGAUUAUCUCGAUUAAUACAUAUUUUAAAAAAUCCUAUGUUACCAUCAUAUGGAAUAAGCUUGUAUUCUGAAACGGUUGUCAAGUACGUAUCUACCCUUGAGAGUAGAUUUAAGCCUGGGCUUGACCUUUUAAUAUGGAAAUUCAACCAAUCGAGAGUAUUUGUACUUUGCUAGUUUUAUUUCUUCAUGAUCAUUACUACGUUUAUUUAUGUUUCGAAUGUAAAUAGAAAUAAUGCCAGCCUGUCACUUAAUAUUACAGUCAGCGUCAAAUAGUUCGUGACACCCAAAGUGGCCAAAAAAUGACAACACUACCUUAUUCCAAUGAGGGCUAUCGUUUUAGCGCUCACCAGUUAGCGCCACUGUAGAGUAAGGUCCUGUCACUUGCUAGUAGCGAAGACAGUGGCACCAACUGGUGAGCGCUAAAGUGGUAGGAGGACUAUCGCAUUUGCACUCAUCAAGAUGGCGCCACUGUAGAGUAAGGUCCUGUCAAUCGCCAGGGGUGCCAACUGUUAAGUACAAAAACGAUAGCCCUCAUUGUAACAAAGACGUGUUGCGAACUUUUUGGCUACUUUGGGAGUCACGAACUAUUUGACGAUGACUGUACAAUACCUACUUAUUUCAUUUAUUUUUACAUUUUGUUUUUAAUAACAAAAAAUAUGUAAAAAAAUGUAAACCCCCUAAAGUGCAACUUUUAUCUUUAAACGAUAUGUGAUACUUUGAAUUUUACCAGUAUUUUUAUUUUGAAAAUAGGUAAUUUUAUUUUAUUUGUAAUUUUGAUUAGCUAAUCUGGUAGUUCUCCUACAUAGCUUAUCUCUUUCUUACUCAAAUAUUAGAAAUAAAUGUCAAUGCAAAAAAUAUGUAAUUUUUAAUGUAAGCGUUACCUUUUCUUGCCAUAAAGGGGAAUUGCCUAUAAUCAAAGUUCUUUUUAAUUAUUAUUCGUCAAUUAAACUAAUUAUGUAUGUAUAAAUAUUUACUAUUAUAAUAAUUAUUGUUUUAAAUACUUUAAGAAUGUUGAACCAGUACAGUCAUUGAUGAAUGUGAAAGAACGUUUACAGUUGUUAAAGUAUUCGUAUACGUUUCUCGAUGACUGCACUUUUACAACGGCAAAGUAUUUUGUGAUAUAGCGAAUGAAUAAAUAAUAUUUUUUAAUUGA